UGCGGGGUUCACUGCCGGGUUUCGGUAUGGGCGGGUACUGCGUGGUUUCUCUUCUCCCGCUAGCGUUGCAGUGCGGACGCGCGCUAUGCGCAGACUCGGUUCUUGGCUCAAUAUGGCGGCGGCGGAUAAACAGAAGUACGAGCACGGGCGGGUGAAGAUCGGGCACUAUAUCUUGGGCGAUACGCUCGGUGUCGGUACCUUCGGCAAAGUCAAGGUUGGCAAACAUGAGUUAACUGGGCAUAAAGUUGCAGUGAAGAUCCUGAAUCGACAGAAGAUUCGCAGCCUUGAUGUUGUAGGAAAAAUCCGCAGGGAGAUUCAGAAUCUCAAACUCUUCAGACAUCCUCAUAUAAUUAAGCUGUACCAGGUCAUCAGUACACCAACUGACAUUUUCAUGGUGAUGGAAUAUGUUUCAGGAGGAGAACUGUUUGAUUAUAUCUGUAAAAAUGGAAGGCUUGAUGAGAAGGAAAGUAGAUGUCUGUUCCAGCAAAUCCUUUCUGGUGUGGAUUACUGUCACAGGCAUAUGGUAGUACAUAGAGAUCUGAAGCCUGAAAAUGUGCUGCUUGAUGCACACAUGAAUGCCAAGAUAGCUGACUUUGGUCUAUCAAAUAUGAUGUCAGAUGGAGAAUUUUUAAGAACAAGCUGUGGUUCCCCUAACUAUGCUGCACCGGAAGUAAUUUCAGGAAGAUUAUAUGCAGGUCCAGAAGUAGAUAUUUGGAGCAGUGGGGUUAUUCUCUAUGCUUUGUUAUGUGGAACACUUCCAUUUGAUGAUGAUCACGUGCCAACCCUUUUUAAGAAGAUAUGUGAUGGUAUCUUUUAUACUCCUCAGUACCUGAAUCCAUCUGUAAUUAGUCUUCUGAAACACAUGCUGCAAGUAGAUCCAAUGAAGAGAGCAACAAUCAGAAGCAUUAGGGAACAUGAAUGGUUUAAGCAGGACCUUCCCAAAUACUUGUUUCCUGAAGACCCAUCAUAUAGUUCUACUAUGAUUGAUGAUGAAGCCUUAAAAGAAGUGUGUGAGAAGUUUGAAUGCACUGAAGAGGAAGUGCUAAGUUGUCUAUACAGCCAAAAUCAUCAGGACCCUUUAGUGGUUGCUUAUCACCUCAUUAUAGAUAAUAGAAGAAUAAUGAAUGAGGCCAAAGACUUCUACUUGGCUACAAGCCCACCGGAUUCUUUUCUUGAUGAUCACAAUCUGUCUCGCCCUCAUCCUGAAAGAGUGCCAUUCUUAGUAGCUGAAGCACCACGUCCCCGCCAUACUCUUGAUGAGCUGAAUCCACAGAAGUCAAAACACCAAGGUGUAAGAAGAGCUAAGUGGCACUUGGGAAUACGGAGUCAGAGUCGACCUAAUGAUAUCAUGGCUGAAGUUUGUCGAGCAAUUAAAGAACUGGAUUAUGAAUGGAAGGUUGUAAAUCCAUACUAUCUGCGUGUUCGAAGGAAGAAUCCAGUGACAAGUGCAUAUUCCAAAAUGAGUCUACAGUUGUAUCAGGUGGACAGCAGGACGUACUUACUGGACUUCCGUAGCAUUGAUGAUGAAAUUACUGAAGCAAAAUCUGGGGCUGCAACUCCACGGAGAUCAGGCUCUGUGAGCAACUGUAGAUCCUGUCAAAAAGAUUCAGAUGCUGAUGCACAAGGAAAAUCUGCAGAUAUAUCCCUUACCCCAUCAGUGACCUCUUCGCUUGACUCUUCUAAAGCUGACUUAACUCCAAGACCAGGGAGUCAUACAAUAGAAUUCUUUGAGAUGUGUGCAAAUCUUAUUAAAAUACUUGCACAAUAAUUUUGAAGAGGGGCUUAUUUCUUUUAUAGUAACAAGCAUGCCUAAAUCAUAGUCAGAUGCUUCCAGUUAUAAUCAAGUUAAAUUAAGGCGCUGAAAAAACUAGCCACAGAAUGUAAUUUGCAGAGGGAUUGGAAUGAUUAUGGGCAGUUAUGUAUAUUAUUUUGAAAGCUGGAGUGAAUUCUGAUUGUCUGCUGUCCAAUAGCAUAAUACAGGUACAGGAAGUCACAUGCCCUUGGGGCAGUGUUCAUAACACUUUACAUUGAUUGCACAUUAGACUUCAUGUAACAUUUAAGUUACAUGGACCUUCUUGGUUUUUUCACUUUGGUAAUGCAUACAUCUGAUGCACUGUAAGUAAAUGUACACUUACUAGUUCAAUGACCUAAGUAUGACUUGUUGGUCACCAUCUACAAUUGUGCCUCAGUUGAUCAGAAUUGUCAACAUCUAACAGUAAUGUGUUAAAACUGCUGUGUUUCCUUCCCCUUACUUGACAGUAAAUGAUAAAGAAGUUUAAUGCAUUAUAACAUACUACUUUUAAUAACAGAUAAAUUUGAUUAAAUGCAUGCAAAUCCAACCAGGUGGAAAUGCAUGUAGGUGCCCUGUAAUGCACUAAGGGUGAAAUUCUGUGGGCUGUAAGUAGAACAAUUGAGGCCACAACAGUGGUGAGAGACUUAAUGCUGAGAAGACUUGGCACCCUGUGGGCUGAAACAAAAUGUUGCUUUGUGAAGAACUGUCAGCAGGUUCCUGAUCUGUGCAGAUUUGCUAGCUUAUACCUUAGUGUGGUAGCAGCACAGCAGCUCACCACUGCUACUGCAGGCUGAGAAUCCUGUUCCUUAUAAAUGUGCGCAUGUAGUUAAGAGCACAGCUCUAAGGGCUCUUGUGUGCUAUUCCAGAAUCUAAAAUUUACAGGGUUUUUUAAAUAUAUGUUAAUACUUUGAUAUAGCUGUUUAUAUUGUAUGCUAACUUAGUGUAUAUUAUAUAGAAUUCACUUUGCAGUUGAAACUACAUAUAUAGGUUUAGGUUUUCCCAAGCCACCUUUAUAGUGAACUCUAUUUAAAUUGUGACAUUAAUAGUACAACUUUUCAGUUGAACAUUUAAAACCGAUCAUGAGAACUUGACUGCUAAUAUUCAAAAAGUUUUCAACAGUAGAUUGCUAUUACCAAUGACAUAAAUCCUUCUGCAUUUAUGGUUUUUGUAAUGUUUCAGGAAGAAAAUUGAACCUUACAUGUUAAUCACAGCUAGUACUUGCAAAAAAACAUUUAAUCUCUUGUAAACUGGAUGUAAUUAUCCACAGUUCCAUUUUCAUCUAGCACUAAUAGAUGUAAACAUUAAACAAUAAACUGUAUGUCAGAAAACAUUUAGUUUUGCAUUCAAGAAUGAGCGUUCUCUUCAAAAUAAACUUCAUGACUUACUUUCAAAGAUUGUUCUCCCAGUUAGAGACUGGAAAUCAAGGCAUUACUAUGAACAGUGAAACCUGGACUCUUAAAAUGAAUGAGGGUUCUUGCCAAUGACUAGCUGAAAACUGCUAGCUACAGCUAUAAGAACAGUCUAAUCCAGGCCAACUGUGGCUUCAGUUCAGAAAUUCAUGUUAUGAAUAUGCACAGCACAGAAUUUGAAGAAACUUAAAGCUGCUUAAGCCCUGGAGUUGCUGUAACUGCAUUCUGAACUGGGCAAUGGUGUGGUCUGCCUAGUAUGUAGGUACAAGUUACAACUUCAGUUCUUUAUCAAGUGUCACACGUGGUCCCUGUAAUGCAAGGUUGUAUUACUGUAUCUCAAAGUGGAAGAUUUCUCUUAAAUAAAGCUUUGGGUUUAAACUCCUGAGAUUGAGAUGUCAACAUGAGGGACCAGCUGCAAAUCCUACUUAAGUUGUUUUUUGUUUGGGUUUUUUUAGCCUUUUAAGAAUUGGUUCUGAUGUACUGAAUAAAUCGGUGUACUCACUUUCAUUACCCUUUUAUUUUGAAAUUGUUAAAUAUUGCACUUGUACAAUAUAACAAAUGCACAGAUAUUUUUUUUUAUUGCAGUAAUUCCUCAUCUGGAACUGGUUUCAGAUCACUGAAAGGGUCUCUUGCAUAUGUUAAACUAAGUAUUUGCAAAUGGUAGCUGCUCCUGGUUUGCAAAUUUGUAAUGCUGACCGCAAAUGCAAGGUGUCAAGGUGCAAAUAGCUUUUAAUUUUUAUAUACUUUUUUGGCCCUCUUGUGCAUUAAGGCAACCAUGGUUUUUACUUUGUCUUGGUAUCUGGAAGUUAAAGUCAGUUUCUGGCAGGAGUGUACUGUAUGCACAGUUUUAAAUAAAGUAAAUUUUAUUGGUAUGAUAAAUCAGUUUUGAUGGCCAAAAGUUUCCUGAUGGAACAGAGUUGGGGUUUGGGUUUUUUUUGAUACAGUGUGGGGGAGGGAGAAAGGGGGACUGACAAGCUAUUUGAAUUCAGAACAGUUGUCUGUUGUGUAACUUUCCUAUGCUUUGUAGAUAUUGCUGUUGAAACUGCUUUCUUCAAAUGUUCCUACUGAUCUUGCAGACCUUUUUUUAGCAUCGCAUUAGUAUCUGCCAGUAGGCUGUGAAACAAAACUUCACUGAUAAAUCUGCCAGGGCUGUAAGGAGGCAGCUUAUGCAAAUAUACAAAUUGGUCAAGUAUGUUACUCUAUAUUCCCAAGUUUGCUCCAGUUGGAGUAUGUUGAAUUAUCUUGCCUUUGUAUUGUAAUUUUUUCAAAAACAUGGAUAAACCUGAUUAUCCAUGUGCAAUAUAACUCACUAGGUAAUGGAUAAAAAUUUCAUCUUGGUGGUGCAAUAUUUAAAAAAAAAAAAACUUUCAUGGUUGUUUUGAUAUGAUUGUUUAAUACAAACUUGGAAAUAAAUUUUAUUUUACCAGUUGAUUA